AAAAAGUCACAUCCAUGCUGUUAACCAGCUUAUGACUCCAUAUCUCAAUACAAAAAUCCAACCACCAGGCUGUUCCAAUCUCAUCUCUACCCUUUGCCCAUCUCUAACUUCUAUUGCCCCACUCACGAUAAAAUCAGAAGCCCAGGGAGACCACUCUGCUCCAUCUCUACAACAAUGGCCUUUUCACUCUGCUCUACAAAGACCCUCCUCUUUCUCUUGCUCAUCUCAGCCAUUCCUAUUGCCUUUAUUAUCUCCAUGGAGCUCGCCAAGCCGCCAACCCACGUGUACCACUACCACAGCUCAGGAUUCUUCCGCGAGAGCGCCAAGUGGGAUGAUCUAAACCGUCGAUUCCUCGUCUCCUUCAUGGAAGGUGGCAUCGGCGAGAUCGCCGUCCCCGAAGAUCAUGGAUCGUCAUUGGAAGAGGCUGUUUUAAAGGAAGUCACGGUGGUUAAAGACCCUGACUUGACCGGGAACUCUUCUCUUGGUAUCGUGGUUGACCGGCCGAGGAAUCGCCUUCUGGUGGCUAUUAGUGAUGUAUUAGGGAACAACUACAACGCCCUCGCUGCUUAUGAUUUGUCCACGUGGGAUCGUUUGUUUCUUACCAAACUUGGUGGCUCAGACAAUGAGAAAUCCUUUGCCGAUGACGUAGCAGUUGAUGCAGAAGGUAAUGCCUAUGUUACUGAUGCCAAAUCCAAUAAGAUUUGGAAGGUUGGGGCGGAUGGGAAGUUCGUAUCCUUUAUCAGAAAUCCACACUUCGUUGCGAAAGAGUGGUACAAGAACCUGAUUGGGCUAAAUGGGAUUGUUUACCACCCAGAUGGGUUCUUGAUUGUCAUCCAUACCUUUAGUGGCAUGUUAUAUAAGAUUGACAUAGCCAAGGAAGAUCAUGAAGUCAAGUUAAUUAAAGUAGCCGGAGGCUCACUUGCAUUUGGAGAUGGUCUAGAACUCUUGUCUCCAACUAAACUUGUAGUUGCCGGAAAUCCUUCCGGGAGACUGGUGGAGAGCUCCGAUAGGUGGGAGACGGCGUCUGUUGUGGCAAAGUUUAAGGGGCCUGCUCAUAGGUUGGCAACAGCAGCAACUGUCAAGGAUGGGAGGGUUUAUCUUAACCACUUGCUUGGUAUGGGAUACCCUAAAAGGAAGCAUGCUCUUGUCGAGGCUGUUUUUUCUAUUUGAGAGGAGGGCAAUUUGAGUUGUUGGUUAUAUGAUCCGAUUGAAGUUUCAUGUAGCAAAACUGGCUCCUUGCUGGUUUUGGAUCUGUAAUAUUGUAUCGCUACAGACUACAGAACAUUUCAGUUCACUAGUGAAGCAUUCUGUUCUCCAAGCCUGGCCUCAACUUCCCCGGGAGAAUCCUCGGGACAGAUCAGGAUUGUGUAUUGAAAAUAUUCUUGUUUUCGUGUUAUUUUAAUUACUUGCUCACCAAGGAGGACUGGGUUUUCAAAGUGAUAUAACAUUAUGAUUUGAAUA